AUGGGGUGCGGCUCGUCCAAGGGCUCGGUGGUGCCGCUGGAGGGGGGCUUGACCGGCAACGGCGUCGCCCCGCACGCCCCGCACGGCCCGCACGGCCUGCCCAGCGCGCGCGUCCCCGGUAGCGGCCAGUCCCGGGGCCCGUCGCGGGGCCCGUCGCGGGGCGCGGCCAGCCGCAGGGCCUCGCUGGCCCCCGCCAUCGUGGGCAAGGACCCCCCGGAGGAGGACCUCCCCAAGGAGCUGCCCGAACUCAGAGAGAUCGUCCGCGCUGCGGGCGGCAAGGCCAUGGCCUUCGAGGUGCCGCUGUCGGACCUCCCCGCCGACGGCGAGGACGGCGCGCCCCGAGAGUCGCGGCGGCCUCCGCGACGCCUGCAGCGCCUGGAGGACGCGCCGGUGCCGCCGUCGCAGCGGCUCACGCACCGCCUGCUGGACGAGCGGCAGGAAGCGGCGGAGGAGCGCCGCUCCCAGAUCCUGUCGCAGCGAGUGCAGUCUGCGCAGCCGCGCGCCCCGAAGCGGCGGGGCCGCGACGCGGACGCGGACAACGGCCUCAACUCCAGCGGCUCCUACAUCGACUCGCUGGCCAACAGCAGGGACAGCAGGAACGGCGAGUUCCGAGAGAUGCUGGCGGGCAGGCACUUCCCCGGAGCGUGAACCAUGGCCGCGAGGCCACGGCCAGGACGUGCGUGCGAGGCACUGUAAGGUGCAGGGACCAAAAAAGAACCCAAGCUUUCCAAGUUUUACCUUAUCUUUAUUAGGACUCUCCAUACUGAUAGAAAUAUUUUUGUUAUUUUGUAGAAGUUUGCUUUAGGAAGGAACUAGGAAGGAAGUGAUAAAAUAGCUUUGUUAUUAU